UUGUUUGUCAAGCCUGCUCAGUAAACAAAUUUAAUCUGGAUUACCUUAAAAAGCGACCCGCAAGAGUUUGUGAUCUCUGCUUCUUGGAAUUGCAAAAGAGAGAAGUACAGUCACCUGAUCCAAAGAUGCUGUCUCCAACUCACAAAUCGUCAAGCGCCCUUACCUCAGUUUUUCACAGUAUUCAGCAUUCUUCAGGACGGAAGCACAAGAAAAUUCCAGCAGCACUGAAAGAAGUAUCUGCUAAUACUGGAGCAUCAUCGAUGAGUGGCUACCUUUAUAGGUCAAAAGGUAUUAAGAAACCAUGGAAACGACUCUGGUUUGUCAUUCAGGAUAAGGUGUUAUAUACUUAUGCUGCCAGUGAGGAUGUAGCUGCAUUAGAGAGCCAACCACUGCUAGGAUUCACAGUUUCUGAACUCCAGGAUGAUCUUUCAGAACCCAAAGUGAUUUUCCAGUUGCUUCAUAAGAGAACACUGUUUUAUGUAUUUAAAGCAGAUGACCGUCAUACUGCCCAAAGAUGGGUAGAAGUUUUUCAAGAAGCUACUGUGUUAUAACACUCCUAAAACAGUCACUACACCAGGGGAGGACUUUGAGAAGCAACUCCAUGAAAAAUAUACCACACUGAGAAUGCUAGAGUAUGGUGUUGAUAUUGCAAAAAGAUUGAAUAAAAAUAUUCAUAUUCACACCUUAAUCUCCUGUGACUAGAGAUUCAUCUUGAAUAUCAGAAUGAACUGCAAAGAUUCUGCACCAGCCACAAAAGCUAUCCAUGUACUCUCAGAUGUUGCCUGGAAAAGGCCUUGAAGUUGAAAAGUUGACCAAAGUCAUUGACUAAUUUAAUUGCCUUUUGGUGACAAUGAAAGCAAGAAUUAAUCAAGCUCUAUUCUUUCAGUCUGGCUAUUUUCUCAUCUCCCAAAAAGAUUUCCAUGAUGGUGUAUUUCUGUGCUACAUUUCUCAAAUGUGAUGGAAUGGUUUCAGUAUAAAACUGUGAAAAUCACCACAUUACUAUUGAUGUAAAGGCCCACCUUGACCUCUCCAGUUUAAUCAUGGAUUAUUGAAUUGACAUGUUCAAUCUCUUGAAGACCUCCACAUUCAGAAGUGAUUUGUGAAUACCUCAAAUUUCCAUGAGGUAAAUUCAGUACCUCACUUGGUACUCAACUUUGUAGACCACAAAGGUCUAGUUUGUGCAGAUAUAGUUGAUUUUAUCUGGGGUCACUAUUGGCCUGAAUACCUAUGCUUUGGAGAAAGGAAGGAAUAGUUUUCUGAUUCCGCUCAUCACUGCCCAUUGACCCGAAUAGAUAGUACCUACCUGGACACCAAACCUGGUAUUGAUUUAUGAAGACUAAAUUCCUGAAACAACCAAGUGAGCAUAUGGUGAUUCACUGAAGGACUGCUAGUGUCCAUGAUGCUGCAUUGAGAAGGAGCUGGUGCUUCAGAAAAAGGAAGAGAAGAAAAUUGGACAAAAUGUUGCUAUUUGGUUCAUGACUUACAAACUUUGAGAUACAAACGAAGUAAUUUGGUAGCCUGAGACAACUGUAUAUAUAAACAGGUUGACAUGAGAUAUUGUUGGAAGCAAGUAGUCUUUGAUGAUUCCAAUAUUCUUGUCUGGUUUUCACGGCAUUAAUUUCAAUACUAGAUAGUUCUCAUGAUUUUCCAGGUUUAUCAGAAUGUGCGCUUAUAUUUUUCAAAAUGUUAUGGUGGGAACAGGGCUGUUAAAUGCUGCCCAAUUUUCCAAUAUAUUUUAACAUUAUUGUUUCUAUUUAAUAUUUGGCUUUUGUAAAAAAGAAUGACGACGAGAUAGUUCAGCAAGGAUUUAUACAUGCAGGCAUGAGCUAGAUUUAUGUAUUUAUUUAACUAUUGUAAUGAGCAUCUAUGGUUCUUCAUGGAGCACAACAGACAUCACAUAGAAUUUAAAGUGCAAAUUAAUGUAAAAUAUGCCUGUUCUUCCAGUACUAACUUUUUAUAAGUAUGUAGAAAGUUGAAUGUAAACUAGCAUUUGGGAUAAAUAUGGCCUGGUGAAUCUAAAUGCAGGGACUCUGAUUUUCACACCGUGUAGGAUUCCUUUCAAUGGGUGAGGGAAACAAUUCCCUUGUUUAAAAAAACUCUACAAAAUGCUGAAUCUGUACGUUCAUUGAUGAUGGCCAGAAAUGUCUUUCAAAAGACCAGGUAUGAAAUUGCUUACAUCCAAUUUCACAAAUAAUGCUACUAUUUGCUUGAGUACUUCUGUAGAGAAGAAGAAUCAGCUUGGAUUUUCAUUUGAAAGAGUUGAGUCAGAAGGUUGUGGAUUCAGAAUUCCACUUGAGACUUGAGAUAAUAUCAAGUCUGCUGCUUUAACGGAGAUGCCAGCUUUUUGUUGAGACAUUGAACUGACACUCCUAACUGUUUAGGUGAAUAUAAAAACAAAUUUCGUAGCUUUGCUUUGAAGAAGAUCUGGCAAAUGCUGGUCCAUCAGACAUCAACACUAAUUGAUAAAUUACUUAGUCAUUCAUCUCAUUUGCAGCCAGCAAAAUUAUUUGUGUGAAUUGGAUUUGUCUCUUAUUAGGAUAUUUAUCUGCUGCUGAGGAUAUGAUGAAGCACCAUUUAAAGUUAAACUCUUAAAGCAAUUCCAGCGUAUUGGCCUUGACAACCUUGCCUAGAGUGCAUUGAUUGUUUUCUGUGAAGAACUUGCUGAUAUCAGUUAUAAAUUUGUCUUUUACUGGUUUUCAUCUAUAUCCACUACAGUUUAAAUCUACCUUUUCUACAAUUUGUUUUUGAUUUGUCUCUGUGAAGUGCCUUAGGACAUUUUUCUACAUUAAAGGUGCUAUAUAAAUG